AUGGGAUUCUCUUUUUGCACACGGCACCUAAAGUAUGUAGGUAAUACGGCUUCUGCAAGGCUCUCGGGUUAUUUUCAUAAUAGAAGUAGAAUAUUCCGAGCUUGUUAUUCCACUCCGCAAGGAAGUAGCUCUAGCAUUACUCACCAAAGGGUAGAAGAUUAUACAUCUGCGGACAUUUUUGACGACGAGGAUGAGUCCUUAUAUCCACUAACAACAGAAGAUUUGAACUACCACAACAUUAGAAGUAGUUCUUUUAAUCAUAUAAACUCAGUUCUAUCGCAAAAGAAGGAGCAUUACACAGAGGAUGGUGAUGACUUGGAAGCUUUGACAAAACCAAAGUUUACUAUAAACGACUUGACAGCCAAGAAUGAAUGUAUAAAAAAUUACCUGGAGCCAUAUUUACGCGAAAGAGUGAAUGAUAGAUGCUCUGUUGCAGUAUUUGGCAGCGCUAUAACUGGGCUAUGGACCCAUGGAAGCGAUUUGGAUUUAUGUGUACAAAUACCAAAUGUCAAUUCACGUUCGGCAAAAAUCCGUAAUUUAAGAUGUAUUGUAAAGGUACUUUCUCCACUUGCUCCAACGAGAAAAUUUGAACAAAUAUUCAAUGCAAAAAUACCAAUCGUGCACUGGAAGCAUACUGGUGGUAAAUCUUUAGAUUUGCCUCAUAACUAUUCUGAAUUCGCACUUGACGCAUACGAUGGAGCAUCAAUUGACAUUGCUAUAAAUAACAAUCUCGCUGUUGUGAAUAGCUCACUUAUAGGAGUAUAUGUAUCAAUAGACAUAAGAGUUCGCAGUUUGAUUAUAUUUUUGAAAAUGUGGGCUAGAAACAAAAAUUUAAAUGAUAGAUCAAAGGGAACUAUGGGAUCUUUUGCAAUAUCUCUAAUGGUUAUACAUUUUUUGCAAAAUUGUAGUCCUCCAAUACUUCCCUCUCUACAAGACCUAGCAUUUUCUACUAAUGAGAUUCCUAAUUUCGUCUCUGGUUUUGACUGCAGAUUUACUACAGAUACUAAAAAGAUAGAAGCAGAACUACGAUAUUUACGUAACAACGGUCCAGAGAACACACUUUCAUCCAGGGAACUACUCAUGCAGUUUUUCAAAUAUUUUGGUUGGUUUCAUCUCCAUUCUUCAAAGAAACCGAUUUGUAUAAGGAGUGUAGAUUUUAGCGUCUUCGACGAUUUAUUCAAUGAUUUUAAAAAGAAUCCAUCGAAUGAACCAUUUUUACAUGUAGAUAAUCCAUUCGAGGUUGGGAUAGAUGUAGCAAAUAUCGCAGUACAUGAACGCAGUAGGAUCAUCUCAGAAUUUCGCAAGGCAUACAAGUUGUUAAAGGGAGGAAAUUCCGCUAGUUCCCUUUUGUAA